UUUAACAGAAUCCACCUUAAAAUCUCUCCCUUAACUUAUGCCUAGCUUCCGCCACUUUUGAGUGAGAAUAUCACACGACAAGGGGGGAAAAUAAAGACGCGUGUGGAAAAUUUUCGGGUGUUAAUAGGACAAUAUCUGCUCGCGUGUGGAGAGGGGGAGAGAGACAACAGCACAGCGAGAGAGAGAAAACCGAUUUGGUCUUGAGAGAGAGAGGGGGGUGAGUGCUCUCAAGGCAGAAAAUUCGAUGAUGACCAUGACUACGAUGGCUGACGGUCUGGAGGCUCAGGACUCGUCCAAGUCUGCUUUCAUGGAGUUUGGGCAGCAGUCGCACUCACAGCAGAGCUCCCCGUCGAUGGCCAGCGGCCACUACCCGCUGCACUGUCUCCAUUCCGGCUCACACGCUCACCACCAGCACGACAACACCGCGUACACCGGGACCAACACCUACAACAGGUCGUUACCCUACCCCUACGUGAGCCAUCCGCACCACAGCCCGUACCUGCCAUCCUAUCACAACAACACGGGAGGACAGACAAGGUUAGACGGCACAGAGCAGCAGAAAACGACGGUGAUUGAAAACGGGGAAAUUCGUUUUAAUGGAAAAGGCAAGAAGAUUCGCAAACCUCGGACAAUUUAUUCCAGUUUGCAGCUUCAAGCACUGAAUCACCGUUUCCAGCAAACACAGUACCUCGCUUUACCGGAGCGCGCCGAGCUGGCUGCCUCUCUAGGACUGACACAAACCCAGGUAAAGAUUUGGUUCCAGAAUAAGAGGUCAAAGUUCAAGAAGCUGCUCAAGCAAGGCGGCAACCCGCACGAGAGCGACCCUAUGCCGGGCUCCAUGUCGCUCUCCCCUCGCUCCCCGACCAUCCCUCCGAUCUGGGACGUCUCGGCCUCUUCCAAAGGAGUAAACAUGCCGGCCAACAGCUACAUGCCCGGCUACUCUCACUGGUAUUCCUCCCCACAUCAAGAUUCAAUGCAGAGAUAGACUGAUGAGGCAACAAAAGGUCAGUGAGCUGUCUGGAGGCCUCCGGAUCUCCGCCAUGCAGUUUCCCAACGUAGCCUACAAUUUGUGUCAGCGCAGAGACUGGAUGCUGGAGAGGUAGGCUGCUCCUCGUGGAGGAUCAAAAACGCAGCCAAGCCUCGGUGUGAUGACACAAACAAAGGGAACUAACCAUUUUUUUUAGCGUACAUGGCUGUUCAGUGGGCUCGCAUAUUUGUUAUGCUUUCAUUCAUGUCAACAUCUGAACGUCAAUAUACCAAAUAUUAUCAGUGACAUUUUAGCCACUUUGGGGGCAAAGACUGCUUAACUCUCUCCGUGGCGCACAGAGCCUUUUAGCCAUGGUGGACUCCUGACUGCUUUUUAUUUUUAUUUUGGUUGUUUCUCCAA